CGGCGCUCGUACCCCAUCGCCUGAGGGGACGAGCGCACCCUCGUGUAUAAGACAGACGCUUCAGCAUCCACAGACACACUCCGGGCAGCAGCAGUCAUGGCAGACGGGAUUGCGCGUGCUGUGGGACAGCAAGCCGGUAAGGUGGUGGAGGGUGGAGUGAAGAAGGCCAUGAAUGCAUACGCGCAGAAGGGGCAGAAGGGUGGCCAGGAGGGUGAGAAGAAGAAGGAAGGAGGAGGAGGAGGAGGAGGCCUAAAUAUCGACGACGUGCUGUCAUUCGACGGUGGAAACAAAAACGAGGGUCAGGGAGGAGGAGGAGGUGGAGGAGGUGGAGGAGGUCUGGGGAACGUCGUUGGCGGGUUGUUUAAAUAGAAAACCUCCUUCAGCCUCAUCAAACCUCCACCUGCAGCCUCCUGAGAUGACUGCAUCAUAUCAUGUUUGCUGUGUUUUAUCUUCUUUCACUUCAUGUUCAGCAGAAAAUUCAAAUUCUUCCGUCUGAUUGUUUUAUGAUUAUUAUCAUUAUAUUGUUUGUCCUGCUUUAAUAAACAGGGUCAAUUAAAAGAGCUUUGUCACCAGUG